AUGGCUGCCAUCAAAGCCCUCGAACAGUGGUGUAGAAUUCAGUGUGACGGAUACCGAGAUGUGGCUAUCAAUAAUAUGACAACAUCAUUCAGAGAUGGACUGGCGUUCUGUGCGCUUAUCCACAAAUUUAGACCGGAUCUCAUAAACUUUGACUCUCUCAGUAAAGACAAUGUGUAUGACAACAACAACCUGGCCUUUCGUGUGGCAGAGGACCAUUUGGGGAUUCCAGCGCUUCUGGAUGCAGAGGAUAUGGUUGCUCUGAGAGUCCCUGACAGACUGAGCAUUCUCACAUACGUCUCCCAGUACUACAACUACUUCAACGGACGCUCACCCAUAGGAGGAGUGGGAGGUCUCAAACGACCAGCAGAGGGCUCAAAGGAGGAGCCGUCGGAGAAGAAGAAUCUUCCCGUCGUGGCCAGAACCUACACCCCCAAAACACCCACAGAGAAUCAUCCACCUCCAUCCACUUUCACUCAGAGGAAAACGGUUUUGGUGGAAAGCUCGAACAAAUCUGGUACACUGAACAGUAAGUGUACAGUAUGCAAAAGUCACGUUCAUCUGGUCCAGAGACUGCUGGUGGAUGGGAAGCUCUAUCACCGCAGUUGCUUUAAGUGUAGCGUGUGCUCUGGUCCUCUUCAUCCCGGAGGGCAUAAACCUGGGCCAGAGCCUGGCACCCUCGUCUGCACGUCCCACCAGCGCGUUCCUCCUGGCCCCAAGCUCCCUGUCCAGCCCGGGCAGAGAAUCAGCUGCACUCCUGCUGAAGAGGGACCCAAAGGGGAGAACAACGCUCGUUCUACCCCGCGCCAUGUCUCGGUGCUUUCCGCACCCGUUAGGGUCGGACCCAAGCCGGUCGAGCCCGCCCCGCCCUCACAACCGUGGACGCCUUCGGCGCAGAAGACCCAGGCAGCCAGGCAGAGGUUCUUUCAGUCGCCCGUCUCCACGCCAGAGCGGCCCGCCGGCCGCGGGCCGCAGGCGGCCCCAGCGGAAAGCUCCGGCACCCAGAGCAGCACCGCACGGAAGGCUGAGGACAAAGAGAAAGAGAGAGCCAGGGCCUUGAUCAGCAGAAAACUGUCUGAAGGAAACUGCAAUAACAACAACACAGCUUAUCUCUCUGGCCUCAGAGUGGACAGGCGUCUCCCCUCUGCUGAGGUAGCCUGGAGGCAAGGGAACGGCGAUGAAAAGCCAGCAGGAGGAAAGCCCACUCGGCUCUCUCCAACACCCCCUGCUGCCAGUCCCUCCCGCAGCAUCCCCAACAACAAGGAAAGCCUCUGGCUAGCAGCCAUCAGCAGAGAGCGGGCGAGACCCCCCUCCGCCGUCCUCUCCAGAGCCAGAGCCAAGGACAUGGAUGUGUGUGAAGCCUCAGCCAAGUGCCGAUCAAAACUGACACCAGCUCCAAACGAAGCAGAAAAUCAAACUCCAGCUGCUGAGAUGGCCACUGUCGCUUUAGAGAACUCCAGCAACAUCUGCAAGACUCACCACCUCAGUCCCCCUCACACUCCUUCCUCUCAGACAGCGUCCUCUUCAGACAGCUCUCGUAUCUCUAGUCCUGUUACAGCCAAACCUCCAAUCCCCAGUCAGCUGCAGCAGGCCUCAGCUGUGGGUUCUAAAAAUGGAAGCAUUUCUUCCUCUUGUUCUCCUGCCUCUGAUGGGACUCCAGUUGUGUCAAUCACCUCCUCGCCCUCCCAGCCAUCCAAUUACAAACCUCCAUCUCCCAAACAGCUACAUCAUGGGUUUGCUGAUUGGAGUAGUAACAGCAGAAAUGACUCAUCACCCACAAAUACUUCUGUGUCUGAAAUAAUGCCUCCAACAAUCAAACCCCAUCAUGUCCCAGUGGACCAAAUUGCAGAGGAGCUGAAUGAGAUUGAGAGAGACUUGAGUGAACUGGAGAAAGAGGGAGUGGAGCUGGAGAGGAGACUUCGCUCUUGUGAGGAAGAGGGAAGAGGUGACAUUCUAAUGGACCCGUUAAUGGUGGAAUGGUUUAAUCUGAUUCGAAGGAAGCAAACUUACAUCAGAAGGGAGUCAGAGUUGAUGUACAUAGCGAAGACUCAGGACCUGGAGGAGCAGCAGCCCGGGGUGGAGGGGGAGCUGAGAAGACUGAUGAGUAAACCAGAGAAUUUGAAGAGCGCGACGGAGCGGAGGAGGGAGGCCGAGCUGAUGACCAGACUGGUGGAGAUCGUGAACGACAGGAACGCCAUCGUGGAGGGACUGGAGAUAGACCGGCUGAGGGAAGAAGAAGAGGACCAGCAGCUGGAUGAAAUGAUGCAGAGACUUGGACUAAAACAAUCCAAAAAGAAGAGGAAAUCCUCAAUCUCCAAGCUGUUCCGACGGAGAAGUAAGAAAACUUCAGCAGAGGAGUGAUCUUUGGAGAAGUUAACUGACAAACUCCAAUA